AUAUUAGGCUGUUUGCUGUGUUCAGCUGCUCUUGCUGCUGGGUCCUUUGCAAAAAGUUUAAACCUUCUUUACAUCUCCUUCAGUUGCUCCUUUGGAAUGGGCAUAAGCCUUAUUUAUGUAACUGUAACAGUUGUCGCAUCUCAUUACUUCGAAAAAAGAAGAUCUGUUGCCCUUGGUAUUAUGACAGCGGGGCAAGGGUUAGGGACAAUGAUUCUUGGCCCAACUUUACAGGCAUUAGUGGACAUGUUUGAUUGGAGGAACACUUUCCGUGUGUUUGCUGGGGUCUUAGCUCUUGCAUCAUUGACAGGUUUCUUUAUGCACAAAGGCACAUCAUCUCCCGUUGAGAAAGGACAGGUUUCUUCCAGGAAGUUUAGCUUAAAUCUGUCACUAUUUAAGAAUCCUACCUUUCUCGUGCUGAGUAUAAUGGCAGGAGUUUACACAUUCUCUCGCAUGGUGCCUUAUGUACAUCUAGUAAGUGUGCCUUGCCAUCUGUCUUUUCUUAUAGGCACUACAGUGUCAGGGGUCUAGUCCACAAUACACUAUAAACAGUGCUGGAUCCAGACCUUCAGAUAAGGGGGGGUGGGUGGGGGGGUGGAUUAAAAUUUUUUUCAGCCCUGGUCUAAAGAUAAGGGGGGCCCGGGGGACCCGGGCCCCUCCCCUGGAUCCGCCACUGACUUAUUACAUACCGUAUAGUGCCAGCUAUGCGUCCUUAUUUUCAAUGGAACUUGAGAAACAACUUAUGAAUUACAAAAUCCCAGUCUUGUGUCUAGCAAAUAUGCCUGCCAAGCAUUAUUCCAAAAAUUACAAACAACAAAAAUGAACAUUGAGAAAACUGUCGGGCUAACAUAUUUUCAAAGACCACAAUUGCUCCAAUCCGUGUCAAUCUUCUUCAAGUUUGUCCACCCGAGCCUUUUUUGUAUGCCGGUAUGUUGUGUUAUUUAUACCUUCUUUUAACGUUUUGAGCUGCUAUUUUUAUGUUUUACGCCAUUUUUUGCAGUACCCACCGUUUGAAUUUUUAGAACGUAUGAGUCGUGAGACAGCUCUCUAAGUAACGCGGGGAGGGGAGUGGGGGAAGUGAACGGGGGGGGGCGGUGGGUGAGGUUGGGGAAGCCAGGUUUGUAAGUUGCAGUAUGUGUGUCCGUUCGUCACCUUUUUAAAAACUUCCUAUAAUCUUAAGCAAAAGAAAACUCUUUGCUAUUACGAUAUCAACAUGUAUUGCUUGAAAAAAGGCAAGUAAUGUAAUCAGCUGCGGGAUAUAAAAUUACAUUUUAGGUGAAUUAGCUAUUGUUGGUGCGACUAGUCAGGUUCCUAAGUUUGAUAUAAACGCAAGACUCCGCAAGUAAUCUCCUUGGAACUGCUCAGCAGCGUCCUAAUUGAUACCUAAUUUAAUUAAGUAAUUUAUGGUCAUGUGAUAUGUAAAGCUGAGGACGAAUUCACGACUUUUAGGAGGACUGAGUGGAGUCUUCGGUUCUAUCUCCUUAAGCUUAUAUGUGAAUAAAUUCUGUGUUCAUCCGAAAGUGGAAGCAUCACACAGAGAGUCUUGUUCACAGGAGGAAGAAGAACUGUUUUUUCUAGCUAUCUUACAGGGUUAAUCUUGGACCUCUUAUAAAUGGCUUAUUUAUUCGGUUUGGACUAUCCAGCCGGUUCCAGGCGUUCAGUUAGCGGAAGAGCGGAAAAAAACCGGGAUCGUGAGAGAGCUAUCCCAUUUCCCAGGUGUUCGCGUUUCCUCGCCUAUUUCAGUCCCCUCGCUCCCUACUAUCUGAGCGCCUCAAACAGGUUAUGGACUGUCCUAUUUAACCGCUCUGUCGAGCAUUCAUAUUGUAAUCGUAACCAAUGUUGACAUUUCUCUCUCCUUUUAGAUAAAAUACUGUGAUGACCUGGGUAUUUCCGCAAACAAAAGCUCUACUCUUUACCUCUUCAUUGGUAUCUUUGCAACGUUAGGUCGUUUUGGAGCAGGCUUCCUGUGUACGUUUAAGCAAGUGAAACCAAGAACUUUGUUUCAAGUCGUUUGCUUCACAUUGGGCGCCUCCACAAUGUUACUGACUGUUUUAAAAACCUAUGGCGCCUUAGUGGCUUAUGCCAUUGUUUUUAGUUUGUCGGAUGGCCUUAUGGUAACUUCCUACAUUAUUGAAUUUUUGAAUUCCGUAGAGGAAUCAAAAAGAUCUUCAGCUUUCGGAUAUUCAAUGUUGGUGGGUGGCGCUGGUGCUAUGGCUAGCCCGCCCUUGUCUGGUAAGUUAUUGGAAACUGUACAUUACGGCAAGCUUGAAAAGUACACUUAAAAAUGGGCUAGUAUGAAUGGGAUUACUGGCUUGGGCGAUGGGUGUCCUGUGUAUUUGCGGUCACGCGCACGUUUUAGGUUUAUUUAUUACGUUCUGCUCGCGCGGGUCCUUCGCUGAAGAGAUAAAAGAGCUUGAGGCUUUGACACGACUACGAAUGUUGACCUCGUUUCAGAAGAAAUUGCGACUUAAUAUUAGACUAUAUAAAAGCAUUGUGACGAUUGGCCAUCUGAAGGACACAAACUGCUGUGCCUUUACUUGUAUUAGUACCCUGUUCCAGGCUCUAUAGUAGUAAUGUAGAGUGAUCGUAAAAUCUGGUGCGAAAAGCGCGCGGGGCUGGGGAAAGCGGAGGCGCCAUUGCGCCUGCUUCCCUCAGAUCACGUGUCUCAUUUUCGCUUGGUUUGAUUUUGCGAGGUCCCUACUAUCUGAGAGCCUGGAACAAAGGCUACAAUAUAGUUGCCUGCUGCUCCUGGAUUACUGAAAGGUCUUUUAAAAUCUUUGAACGUUAUCACUUUGACGGAAAGGGGCGAAACUAAUCUUCUGGGGUUUGGUUAUAAAAAAUACGUAAAAAAACUGAACUUUAAUUAUAUUUGAAAAAAUUAAAAAGCUUAUUGCUCCUAUCCUACUUUAUAAAGCUAAUGCGCGUAAUUCAAUUCAUAUAAAUAUGUGUUGGUGACGAAUCCAAAAUAUAUCACUGAAGAAAUUCGCGUUUUCAGGUUCUAACCCUUGCACUACUAAAAGCUGCGUUUGUCAGGAAUGAAAAUCAUUUUCCUUGUAGAGAGCCUUUUAAUUUCAGCCCAAUUACUAGUAAGAGAUUGAUACAUAUUAAUCGUUUCGUUUCAGGUUUUAUGGCCGACCGUUUUGGUAAUUACACUUCCGCGUUUCUCAUGGGUGGCGGAGUCGGGGUUAUUGCUUCUCUAAUGCCAUUUCUCCUUCUUUGCCUUAAACAAGAAUCCAAGAAGUCUUGUGAACAUGAUAGUAUGCCUCUAGACAUCAUUGAAUGCGAAGACGUUGCAGAAGAAGACCUUACUACACAACAAGAUGAAACAAAACUUGUAAACAGUAGCGGCGUGGCUCGAAAGAAUUAUGAGAGAUCAGCGUCUUUUGUCAUGGCCAUGAAGUCCCCUGUUUAG